UUACAGAAAGAUUUGGAAGAGGUUAAAGAAUUGCUUACGAAAGCCACGAGGAAGCGACUUCGUGAUGUCCUGAUGACAGAGAAACACAAGCUAGAGCUAGAAAUCAAGAAUCACCCUCCACUGAAGCCAAAAGAUGUGGCAGAGGAAGAAAAGUCGUCACUGGGAGGGUACACAGUGAAAAUAAACAAUUAUGGUUGGGAUCAGUCAGAUAAGUUUAUUAAGAUUUACAUCUCUUUAAAUGGAGUCCAGAAGCUUCCAGCUGAGAACGUCCAGGUGAAUUUCACAGAGAGGUCAUUCGAUCUGCUAGUGAAGAAUCUGAAUGGGAAGAACUACACCAUGACCUUCAACAACCUCCUGAAACCCAUCUCUGUGGAAGGCAGCUCUAGAAAGAUAAAGACAGACACGGUCCUUGUGAUGUGUAGGAAGAAGCGGGAGGAAAAAUGGGAAUGUCUCACUCAAGUGGAAAAAGAAAGCAAAGAGAAAGAGAAGGCUGCCUACGACACCUCAGAUCCUAGUGAAGGGCUGAUGAACCUUUUAAAAAAGAUGUAUGCAGAAGGGGAUGAUGAAAUGAAGCGCACCAUCAACAAGGCCUGGGUUGAAAGCAGAGAAAAGCAAUCCAAAGGGGACAUACCAAUGGAUAUUUGAAAGUACUCUAAGGGCCGCCUUAAUACUGAUCUUCCAUGUGAGACAUGCUGUGCUGCAAAGAUCAUUGUUUACACAACCUUCUUCCAAGCAAAGACAGUCAUUUGCCAUUUCAGGUUGGAGAAAAUAUUUAAAUAAAAUAGCUUAUAAAGCA